AUGGGACGCUGUACCUUCAAAACCAAGGAGACGAGUCAAGAGUUAGAAGAAGAAGAAGAAGAAGAAGACGAAGAAGAAGAAGAGUGGGAAAUAGAAGAAGGAGAUGAGUUCAGCUCAUUGCAGUUUCUACAACUCAAUUAUUUAGAUGUGGUGCGUUGGAGAGCUGAUGAAACUAACUUCCCUAGACUCCGACAUCUCAUUUUACGAGGUUGUUAUCAUCUUGAGGAAAUCCCCGCCGGCAUUGGAGAAAUCCCAACCCUCCAAUUAAUCGAGUUAGAAGAGUGCAGCGAUUCUGCAGUGGCCUCAGCCAAACAGAUUCAGGAAGAGCAGCAAUCUGAAUACGGAAACUACGACCUCCAACUUCGUAUCGUCUCAUAUUAG